AAAAUCAAAACCAAAAAAAAAUUGUAUUUUACAUUGAUGGGAGACAUACUGGAGCCAAAGCCAGUGGCAGAGACCACGAAGUUGAAAAGGGACAGUGCCCUUGGCGCCAUUGCGGAUAUACAGCGCUUGUCACCGGAGGCAAUUGGCCACGAGUUUGAUCGCCUGGCGGAGCAUACGCAGCGCCACUUGGUAUAUGAUACUCAUAUGCCAUGCUUGGAUGUUGAAGAGCUGCUGAUGCGCUGCCUGCGCCAGCAUCACCAGGAGUCCUUCAAGUGCUUUAAGUUGAUGGAUCACUAUCAAAAGUGCGUCAGUCUGGCCACACAGGAUCACAUCGAUCAGCUGGCCGAAUACGAUGAGCAGUUGGAUCAAAUGACACCACUGCCGGUGGUGCCACCACAAUCAAUGCAACCGCAGUCCGUCAAGGAGCCUAGCAGACGCAGCUGGUUCAAACCCUGGACCUGGCUGCGCUAGCAAAGAACUGAAACUCCAGGCUCCGAAUCUCUAUCCAGUCUCAAAAUUGUAGGCAGCUGCCUUCAGAUUUAUUCGUUUUACUAAUUAAAAUGGCGGCAGACAUGACCUGCUGCUGUGGCACUUGUUAUUCCA